AUGACAGAACGACGAGACUUGAUUCCACGCUUCUUGUUGACUCUUCUCUUAGUCGCCGUACUAUUUAACUUAGCCAGCGCCGAUGGACACGGGCAUCAUCACAGUCACGUGAUAAUCCACGUACCGUACAAAAUCAAGACUAUCCACCACACUCACACGAUUACGAAACACAUACACCACGGUCACGGCCACGGCGGUGGCGCGGGCGGCGGUGAGGAUAACUACGAAGUACUCGGGUACACUGUGGGUCAUCCUAUUGACCUUGGGGGUCACGGCGGCGGCGGCGGUGGUGGCGGCGGUAGCUUUGGUGGUGGCGGCCACGAUUUCGGCGGGGGCGGCGGUGGCGGCGGCCACGAUUUCGGCGGUGGCGGCGGCGGCGGCGGCGGUGGUCACCUAGAGCUGAGUCACGGUGGCGGUUUCGACGACGGGGGUGGAUUCAGCGGCGGAGGUGGAUUCGGCGGCUGGAGUGGAUUCGGCGGCGGAGACCAGACGGGACAUUAG